UUAAUCACAGUUAAUUCGCCUAUGUUAACGGGUCAUUAGUGCAACCUUCAAGAAAUCAAUGGCGACUGACGUGGAGAACGAAGGAAAUGAAAAAGCAAAAAUUCUAAAGGAUGUUGACAUCAAAGAAGAGGAGGAAAAGGAGAAACCAGCUGGUGUCUCUGUUGAGGAAUAUAAGCGACUACACAACAUUGGCUCUAGAUUGUCGACAGAAAAUAUCAUCACUUACAAGGAAUCAGCUUUUCUCCAGUCCUCAAGUUCAGACAAUUUAUAUUAUAAUGUGAAGAUUGAGAAUGAUAGGGAAGAAGUUGUCAAAGAGAAAGUAAGAAAGAAAAGUGAUGAGUACAAGCAUGGUGAGGGGAAGUCUCCAAAUAAAGAAAAAAGUCCAAAUAAAACAAAUAAAUCACCUCUAAGUCCUGAAGGUAAAAAACAACCAAAGAAGAAGCCAGAUCCAAUUCCAAUGCCUGGGCGCAGAGUAAGGAGAGAAGCCAGUUUAAACGCGAUGGCCAUGGUGAACAUUUUAUUUGAAAAAGAAAGACCAGUUCCAAAGUCUCCAAAGAAGCGUAGAUCCACUUCUCUGGCUGAUUUAUCCACUGAAGAAAAAGAGGUCCCUAGUUCACCUGUGAAGAAGGCCAAAAAUACAGAAAAGAAAUCGGAAAAGAAAUCUCAGAAGAAAAACAAUUUGACUGUUAUCAAAUCCUUAAAAAAUAAAAAAGAAAAGGAAAAGACGAAAAUAUUGAAAGCCAAUUCUCUACUCUUAAACAAGAAAAUGCUCAAACUGAAAGCCAAAAAGAAACUGGAAAAAGUGAAAAAGAAAGUGAUGAAGACUAAAUGUGAUAGUGAAAAAAGUUCUGAUCCCAAUAAGCCAAAAAAGAAGAGGAGAGACACGAGGAAAGCAGCAAGAACUCAUGAAAUUGUGAUUCCCAAACGAAAACGCUGUUGCUCAGGAUCUACGUGCUCUACAUGUUUUCAGCCAUUGAUGUGCCAGCACAAAAGCCCCAUGUACUGGAACACUCAAGAUAUCCCCCAUAGUGACAAUAUACCACGAUCAAACAGCAAUACAGAUUCUGAUGAUGUUAAAGCAUGCAUCAAUAUGGAUAUGACUACUUCAGGUUAUUCGUUAUCUCGAUUGCAGCAUAUAGAUAGUGCUUCUUAUGUGAACUCUAUGGUGCAGCACCCCGCCCUCUCAUCACAUAGAUGCCCCCAGUGUGCCCAGGCUGCUGGGAUGAUUCCGGGCUGUCAGACUUACACCCUGAGUGGAGUAGGGGGGCUGAGUUCUGUAAGUCUACCUACAGUCAUGCCUUAUCCUCCUGCGUAUGGAGGGUCCUAUACAUUACCCUAUCCCGGAGCAUCGACACUACCACACUGUUCAUGUCCUCAAUGUUUGUAUUACUCUCAGCCCAGUACAAACAUUUCCCAUCAGCCACUGCCUUCAAGAGACCCCUGCAUCUUAUCACAUCCGCCAAUAAGUAUUCAACACAUUGAAGACAAACACCUCGAGGACUCUGACACCAAGGUUGCUGAGGAGAUUAUCGAUGUUGGAAUUGAAGAGUUUCCUAUUGUGGAGCAGAGUGUAUUCACAAAGUCAGACACUAUAGAAAAAGUCAGGACAAAGGGCUCAGAUUCAAAAAGUACCAAAAUCAAAUCAAAAUCAUCCAGUAGUGAAAAAGAUUGUUCAAAAUCUUAUAAAAAGGACAAGAAAGAAAAGGGGGAGGUGGAGAAGAAAUGUCCAAAAGAGACUAAAAUCAAGUCUCCUAAAGUCCCAAAGGAGAGAAAAAAGAGCACAUCUAAAAAGGAGGCUAAAUUACAAAGAGCAAUUUCACUACAUGGUUGGAGACUGCACGGGCCAUUGGAGAAGAAAAAAAUAUACAGCUUUUCUCUAGGUACAUCAUUUGAAGCCCAGUGUUCCCAAGCCAUACGACACUCAGAUGGCGAUAUCAUUCAGGUCAGGGACUGUGUAAUGCUGAGGUCAGGGCCAAAGACAACUGAUAUACCUUUUGUUGCCAAGGUCACCCAAUUCUGGGAGCAUCCACAAGAGGGAGAUGUAAUGAUGAGUUUACUGUGGUACUAUCACCCAGAACACACAGAGGGAGGCAGAAAGAGCCAGCAUGCUUCAUGUGAGCUUUUUGCCUCCAAACACAGAGAUGAGAACAGUGUAGCUUGUAUUGAUGACAAGGGUUAUGUUCUUACAUACAAUGAAUACUGCAGGUUUCGUGCUGAAAGAUCACGCAAAGAAACGGACCAGCUUCCCCGCAAUAAGGUCGUGCCUUCCAUUGAAUAUCCCCACACUAGUCGACUCCCUCCUGACAAUGCCGACACUACUGCCGUAUUUCUGUGUCGACAGGUCUAUGACUUCAAGUUAAAACGCAUUCUGAAAAAUCCAUCCUAGCAUCGGAAGAAAUGAUUUUAUAUUUCAUUUUGUUAAAAUGCAGGUUCAUUAUUUAUUUUUGUGAACAGAUAAUAUUUUGAUGCUAAUUAAAUAAAAAAUGAUUGAACAAGCUGUAUGUCAACUUUUUGCUUCAUUUUUAAAUUUUAUUGAUUAUGUUAAAGAGAAAUUAUACCAUUUAUUAAAUUUUUAUAAACAAAUAUAUUGUUUUACUACAGCCCUCUGUUAAAUAGAGACAAAAAUUGCAAUCGGUGAAGUUUCUAACAUUUUUUUUUUAUAUAACUUUUACAUAUUAAUCUGAAUGAAUGUGAUAAGUAAGAGUAAUGCUUGAUUUUAGGUGUCAAUAAUGCAUACAUGUUCCUUGUUGAAUUUUUGUUUUGAUUUUUUAUUUGAAGAGAACUCAUGUUCGUAUUAGCAUAUACUGAUACAAAAACUCAAUGUAAAUUAUCUAGUCCGUGUCAGCGUAUACAUGCAUUUUAAUUUCAUUGUUGGUAAAUGGCUGUAUAUUGUAUUGGUAUGUUUACUCAUGAUGUUUGUGUGUACUGUUGGUGAAAUAUUCUUGUACAUGUAUAUGUAAGUGAAAUAUGGUGAAGAGUGUGUUUGACACUGAUUUUUAUUUUCAAUUUUUUUUUUUUUUUUUUUUUUUUUUUUUUUUUUUUUUAAAUUUUUUCCUUUCUGUACUUUGUUUAUUUUUGAUGUACUUCAUACAACAGCAAUUCAAAAAUAUAUAAGGAAAAUCAUUUUAUUACUGACAUUUAAAUGAGCUCAGUCAGAGGUGAAUCUAGAAAUUUGUGAAAAUAAGUCAACUCUUCCACUGUUUUUACAAAAGUAGGAAAGUUGUUUCUUCUGGCUUUUCUUGGUAAAAUCCCUAAUACACUACAUGUAUCUUUAAUAUCCUAGAUGGUCAUUUAAUAAUUUGAAAAGUUAAGGUUUUUAUGGCCUUCAUUGAAUAUUCCACAUGGAUAAAUUUGUUUAUAAUCUACUAUCUUACUAAACAUUCUUCAUUUAUGAAUAUUGUAUAAAACAUUCCAUUGCAGUUUUUGAAAAUAAGAGGCUUUCUUUAUAAAAUACAUUUUCAUGAAACAAAUAUUUUAACUUUUUCCAUGCAGAAACAAAUAUUAGAACACUUCUGUAUUCUGUCCUCUUUGUUUGUUUUUUUUUUCCUCGGGAGGGUCUCCUUUGACAAUACGCCAUGUACCAUUAUUCAAAUGAUUACUCUUAUCCACUUGGAGUAACUUGAAAUAAGUCAUUUUAGUUUGCCCAAUUACAAACAUUAUCCUGAUCAGAUUUUGUUUAAAAAUUUUGAAAUCAAUUUACCGGAAAAAGUUCAACUGUAAAUUUCUGUGUAACAUGGUAUGGUGCAUACAAUGUUUUUGAAGUGGGAAAACUUCUAAAUUCACCUCUGAAAACUUAAUUUUACAGUCUCUUUAGAUACAACCUAUACACUCUGAAACAACUUUUUUUUUUACCAUGCAUACCUUGUUUUACAUUUUAUCUGCUUAUUUUGGCAUAAUUUUUAAGAGUGUAAAGUAUGCAUUCAUUUUUAUGAAUUUUUCUGUCCUAUUUGUUAGAUAUAGGUGUAAACAAUAUAUUAUUAUGCACAUCAGUAACAUAUUAUUUAGGUGAAGAGAAAUAUUAUAGAAUUUGGAGAGAAAAAAACUAUCAGGUGUAAUCAGGUAUACCAUCCAUUUUCUGUUUAAACGACAUACACAUAUGUAUGUUUGUGCCUUGGUACUUGAGAUUUUAUUAAGUUUUUACAUGCAUUCCUCUGACAUCUAGUCUUUGUUGUAUAUUAUUACUCCGUGAGUGUAUGCAGUGUCCUGUUAGAUGUUAUUCCCAGACUUGUUUCUUUUUAUGAGGAUCUAAGCAAGAAGUGAUGUGAUUCUAAAUGUCCCAGGAGAGACUACCUAUGUUGUAGAAAUAUGCUGUUAUUUGUUCAAAUUUAUUGAGUUGUAUACGUCUUUCAGAGUAGUGUGAUUGAUAAAUGAGUUCAGCUUUGUCCAUUCUAUGAAUGGAUAACAUAAGGUCUGAAUGAAUAUAAUUUAUGCUUUAAUAUGCAUUGCUUGAGGUAAAAGAGAGAUAUGAAUCUAUUUGUUUCUGUGUUGUUGAUUGCUGUUGCAGUAUCCGUACUGGUGUUGUUUACAAGUACAGUGUGAUAAAAAAAAUCUACAAGUCUGUUCUUUUUAUCAGCAAUGAUAUUUUUAAAAAAACUAUUUCAGUAUAAAACAAAUUCUACAAAUAUCUGCAUGUUAUAUAUUUUCUGGAAAAAGAUUAAUCUUUUUGUGGAAGGUUAAACCUUGAUACGAAUUGACUUGUACCAGUAAAUAAUUCUAGAACUUAUGCUUUUUCUUCCCUGCAAAAUGCUAUGGAAACAAAAUAACCAUUUUAACCACUUUUUUAGACUGAUUCAUGAAAUCAUAGAAGAUGUGGCUUUUAUUUACUUGGUGUAAAUUGACCUUGUACUAAAGUAACUUUGAAAGGGUCAAGGUCACUGGGUUCUAAGGACAUGUGAUUUUAAGAGAGGAAUAUCAGAAGAAAGUACUUAGCACAGAAUUUCUUGUGAUUAAGUUGCUUGUUAUGAUUCCAAGCCAUGUUCAUUUCCUCAAGAUCAGGGUCAUAGAAAUUUGGAAUUGUACAUUUUGUAAAUGGCAGAAUAUUCUUAUACUGUUUUAAGCCCACCCUAGCUUUGUGGAGUUUUCCCUGUUGUGUGGGUGUCAGGGGGUGGGGGAGUGGGGUAUAAUCUCAUUUGACGUGAAUGAAAAUGUUAUUUUUUAAUUUUGUGAAGAAAUGCUGCAAGGUUUCCUUAACAAGUCAACUCUCUAUGCUCACUAAUUCACUUAAUGUUAAACUUGACAGUGAUACAUGUAAUCUUUUAUGGUAUAUAUACAUGCAUGUCUUGAAUUAAUGUUGAAAUAUUUGGUGUUAAUUAUUUUAUUUUCAUCAUUAAGUUAAGUCAAGAGUGCUCCCCAUUUGUAUUUUGAACCUCAAUAAUUUUCCUAGCACAACAUAUACAUGUACCAGUACAUACAUGUACAUAUUAAUGAAGUAUCACAGUAUGAUAGGGUGAGUGUAAUAAGUUCAGCUUAUUAAUGUGAUAUUUAGUGAUGUAUUAAGUUUGAAUCUGGAGUAUAUAGUCUUUAAUCAUGUCCAUAGAGAAACUCUUCAUUAUUUUAAUAAAUAUACUACAGAAACUAA